AUGAGAGCAAAGUUCGUCAUUGUGUCUCUACUUCUUCUCUACCUAAUCGGAUGGUCCUUCGGAGCGUCCUUGAAUCGUCCCUCAGAGGGUGAUAUUGCUGAUGUCGUGGAUGGCGUUGUUGGUGCUUCGCCUAACGGUAAAGUCAAUUUACGUGGUCCUUCUAAGGGUGGUGUUGUUAGAACACCACGCGGGAUCGUUGAUGUGCGAGGUUUGCCUCUAACACCACCACCUCGAAUGGAGAUGGGAUGCAGUUGUAUUUGCGGUCCAGUCAUGGCUGUGGAGUGCAAUAUAUGCGACGUCUGUGACCCCAAUAUGUUCGUUGGGCAGGGAAAUGGGGUGGUAUCGGAGUUCGAACUUAUCAAGCGAACUCUGCCUCAUAUUCCAGUUGAGUAUGCCAAUUGGCUCAUUUACAUGGAUCAAUGGACUGUCAACUUUGUGAUCCGCCAUCAUUACGAUCUCCCCUCUUUGAUUAUCCAUGCUCAAGCAGAUACACUUGCGCACAUCAUCUCCAAUGUGCCCGACUUCUCUGAAAUGCUGGCACAAAUGCAUCCAAAUGUUAUCCUGACCGUUUUCCAACGAAUGCCCUAUCCGUGUAAGUAUUUGCAAGGCAUCCGACGAGAAGCUGCCGAGAUGAUUGUUAACAAGAUGGUAGGACUCAGCCAUUGCCUUCCAACAACAACUACACCUACCUGGACAACCACUACCGCCACCCCCACCCCCACCACCACCACCACCACCACUCCGACUACUUCAACGCCAGCACCUGGAGCAAGAAGCACAACUGCCACUGUGUCAAAGGCGCCUGUUGAUGUUCUCUCGCUGUUCAAAAAAGAGGAGUUAGAUUACAUGACUGCCAAGGUGCCUCGAAUCAAAGCACUUCUCGCAAAGGCUGUUCCAGAAGCAGUACGCAUUUCACGCAUUAUUCAUUCUAACCUCAAGGUGUUGGUCGAUGAUUUGAGUGAAGAUUUCCUCGAAUUUCUCAAUACUCCAGGCUUAGCGAAACUGAAAACCAGCACAAUUCACGCGAUCCUAAAGAUCUUGGGGGAGGACGAUUUGGCUAUUAAUGCUUUGGCCGAUUUAUUCGCUUAG